GAAAAUAUAGUUAACAAUAUUCAAUUAUCUUCAAAAAGUUACUUAUAACUAAAAACAUUGAACUUUGUGCAUAAAAUUGCCGACUUACCGAUGGGCGCACGUAAUUCCACGCCGCAAACGGCGCACAUCAUCAAUCCGGUGCGUGCCAGCGCCAUACACGUCACACCGAGCGUUAUAAGUCGCUUGGAAAGUGCCAAGCAGCAAAUAUCGGAAGUGGCCGUACCAACGCCAACGAAAGACGAACAAAUCCAUUGUGCACGCUGCUGCACUUGCGGCUACUUCAAGGGCAAAGACAAGGAGGCCAGCCUGUUGGCCAUGAAAUCCAACGAAUUGCAAGAGGCGCAAUAUGUGAAGACUUUGGAGAAGCUGGAAGCCAUGCUGGGCAAACCCGUGCGCUUUGCUGAAGUGCACAAUAAAAAUCUGAAGAAAUUGGAGCACAAACUGAUCAAAUGCUAUGCAGACAAUCCACGCAAGCCGCUUCACUGCUCCGAUGCAGCAAAGGAGUAUCAUAAUUUCGUUUUCAAGCAACAAUUCGAUGCAAUACUUAGUGCCAAGAAUAUAACAACACAAAAUAAACAAUAAACGCUA